AUGGGAACAGUGAACCGGAACAGCGGCGGAAUAACGAGAUUCGCAAAUCGAAUUCGGAGGCACGAGAAAUACAUCUCCAGCGACCACUGCUAUGACGUUGCGGUCAUCGAGCUUAAUGAGCCAGUGAGGUUCACCAACAACGUUCAGCCCAUCGCCUUGGCUAGCAACGAUUCCGAGAAGAACGUGGACUGGCCGUCUACUGCAUCUGGAUUCGGUGACACAAAUUAUAACAGUUGGGGACUCACCGUCCAGCGCCGUGACCCGUUUCACUACUCGACGCUGACACACUACACGUGUCUUCACUGCACUAAGAAUCUUAAGUUGUACAGCCGUGGCUGCGACGGCAUCAAGGAUACCAUCGGAAGUAGUAGGUGGCGGCGGGGCGGAUACUACGGCAGGAUAGCCGGGAACCCCGUUCGGCAGCAUUCCGAGGCCGAGGUUGUAUAG